AUUAAGUGGUGUGUUGAGUUAUUAAAUCGGUUAGUGUAAAUGAUAUUUUCCCACAGUUGCGUAUUCAUUUGUGGUUUAGUGUGUUAUCGGUGUUAUCAGUGAAAUAUUCUCGAGUAAGCUAUAAGAAAGUGGUCGUUAUAAUUGUUCAAAACUGUUGUGAUUUCAGUGUGAAGAGUUGUUUAGGUAGCCAUUGCAGAUUUUACAUCGUUUCAAGUGAAGGCCGUCCUUCAAAACAGUUCAACGGAUUACAAAGUAGGUUUUGAAAGCCUUGCAGCAGACUACAUUUUAGUGUUUUCGCAUAAAGUGGAAUUCUAGCGAGUGUAAAGCACAAUGGCCUGCUAUCAGAUGGGACCGCAAACUCACUCCAUUCCGAUGUCGUUGUUUCGCGAAAAUCGCGAAAAAGUUACGGCAGAACUUCGCAAAGCUCGCACCUUUUCCGGACGCGCUUUGAUACUGCUACAAGGGGGCGACAAUAUUAGCCUGUACGAUACCGAUGUGGACUACGUUUUCCGCCAAGAAUCUUACUUCACCUAUCUGUUCGGUGUUACGGAGCCAGGCUGCUAUGGUACCGUGGACGUGGCAUCCGGUGCUAGUACAUUAUUCGUGCCGCGUUUGCCUUCCGAGUAUGCCGUCUGGAUGGGUCCACUACUAACGACGGAUGAUUUUCUAAAAAAGUACGAAGUCGAUGCGGUAUACUACGUGGAUGAGAUUGAGGCCAAGCUAGCAGCACUGGAUCCAUCUGUUCUAUUAACUUUGGCCGGACCCAACUCGGACAGUGGACUUCAGGCAAAACCAGCGACCUUCCAAGGAAUUGAGAAAUUUAUUGUUGACUCGGACAUUUUAUUCCCUAUAAUUGCUGAAUGCCGUGUCAUCAAAUCACCGGCCGAAAUCGAAGUCCUGCGCUAUGUGGCUCGCGUUUCGUCGGAUGCGCACAAGCAGGUUAUGCGGCAGAUUCGUCCCGGCUGGCAUGAGUAUCAGGGCGAGUCGGUGUUCCUGCACCACUCCUACUCGGUGGGCGGCUGUCGCCAUAUGUCCUAUACGUGCAUUUGCGGUGCCGGAUCGAACUCUGCCAUCCUGCACUAUGGCCACGCUGGAUCGCCGAAUGAUCGCCUCAUCCAGGACGGUGACAUGUGCCUGUUCGAUAUGGGUGCCAACUAUGGCGGUUAUACGUCGGAUAUUACCUGCAGCUUCCCGGUGAAUGGUAAAUUUACCGCUGAUCAGAAGCUGGUGUAUAAUGCUGUACUUGCUGCAAGGGAUGCUGUCUGCGCCUCUGCGAAGGAUGGGGCUUCCUGGGUCAAUAUGCAUCUGCUGGCGAACCGCGUGAUGUUGGGAGAACUGAAGAAGGGAGGUUUGCUACAGGGUGAGGUCGACGAUAUGAUGGCUGCUGGAUUGAAUGCGAUCUUUCAGCCGCAUGGCUUGGGACAUCUGUUGGGUUUGGAUGUUCACGACGUUGGUGGCUACUUGCCACAUUGUCCGGAACGUCCCGGUGAGCCGGGAGUUAAUCGAUUGCGUACGGCGCGCACGCUUAAGGCCGGAAUGUACGUUACUAUCGAGCCUGGCUGCUAUUUCAUUGAACCGCUACUGAACAAGGCUUUCGCUGAUCCAAACAUGAGUAAGUUUCUCGUUAAGGAGCAAAUCGAUCGUUUCCGCAAUUUUGGCGGGGUACGCAUCGAGGAUGAUGUGCUAAUAACCGAAAAUGGCAUUGAGAAUUUUACGUUUGUGCCAAGAACGGUUGAAGAAAUCGAAGCCUGGAUGGCUCAGCCCUGAAGGGACUGUAGCCUGAAUACUAAUUUUGUUUUUGUACUUUCAUUUGUAGUCGAAAAAUUCGUAAUAUUCGUAAUAUAUUGUUUAGUAUAUAGCAUUCACAGCAAUAUAAAU